CUCAACGGAGCUUCCCCGCUCUGCAAGCUCUGCAAGUCCUCAACCCCGACAGCAGAACAACACGACACCUGUCCAACAACACCUCACUGAGACCGGUCGAAAACGGAACGGCCUAUGCCAACGUCAAGCCACGAACCAUAGCCUAUUCCAGGCCCUCAGUGCCUUUGCGUGAACGUUUCCAGCCGGCCUUCUCCAACAUCUCCGUCGCGUCUCAGGCGUGAAAGUUGCGUCUGGUUGCGUCGUCAUUUCUGAACUUUCGGCAAGAAGCACAUUCAGAAGGACAGCGGAAUACAAUGCUUGCUUCACAUCUACAGCGUUCGCUGCAGGUCUGCAGACCUCAAGCUACUGGACCCACGCAAGCUAGGAACAAGUUCAUAUCGGCCCGUCCGUUCUCCUGCCACGCGAAAAGCCUACGAUGGACGCAAGAGCCGCAAGGGCUCGGGAUCCCGUAUGUCAUAGAAUCCUCUCCCCGAGGAGAACGUGUCUUCGAUAUCUUUUCCCGCUUACUCAAAGAACGAAUAAUAAUGCUCAAUGGGGAGGUUCAUGAUGCAGUAUCGGCAGUUGUUGUUGCACAGCUGCUCUUUCUGGAAGCUGAAAAUCCAGAAAAACCUAUCAACUUUUACAUCAACUCGCCUGGAGGGAGUGUGACGGCGGGAAUGGCGAUAUAUGACACGAUGCAAUACAUACAAUCCCCCGUCGCAACGGUAUGCAUUGGUCAGGCGGCUUCAAUGGGAUCUCUGCUGUUGGCAGCUGGAGAGCCAGGACAACGGUCGAUCUUGCCUAAUGGCAGAGUAAUGAUACAUCAACCGAGUGGAGGUGCAUCGGGUCAGGCCUCGGAUAUUGCCAUUCAUGCAAAAGAAAUUCUGGAAAUCCGGGCCCGUUUGAAUGGGAUAUAUCAUAAGCACACAAAACAGCCAUUGGAUUGGAUAGAGAAAACCAUGGAGAGGGAUCAUUUUAUGACGGCCGAAAAGGCUGUGGAGCAUGGUCUUGUAGAUAGAAUCUUGCUCAAGCGGGAGCCUACAAAGAAGCAGUCUGACGCGUAGGUCGGCCUGCGUAUACAUGGGAAAAAGAAGGCCUUCCACCGCAGACAUCUGAAGGUAAUGAUGGAAUGGAGUGCCUAUCAAAAGGCCUCGCGCGCUGAGAACAAGUCGGUCCUAGUUUCCCAUAGUUCUGUUGCUCUGUGCCCUCUUCUGGCCGUCGAUCUGUCGCGGUGGCUUGCUUGCUGUUGAUAACUUUGCGGUUGAUUGAGAUUGCAUGAGAGCAUUGACAACCUUCUGCCGCCUGAUAUAUGGCCCGUUGGGCAAGUUGUAGCCGCGUAAGCAAGUAGAAGUCGAACGGAAGCCUUUUCAGCGUUAUUUGGACUUGGUGGAGUAAGCAGUGGAGCUCAAAACUCCCCCGGGCAAUACGCAACUUUGACGGCUGCCAAAUGACGAAUUUGACAGCGUGACGUC